ACCUGUUCUAACCCGUUACUGUAAGCGUCUUGGGGUUGUCCUCCCGCAUGGAGCAUGAACUCCAUCGACCUUUCAGUCCAUCACACCUCGUCUCCAGCCGCCAGCUCUCUCCACCCCCAGCCCAAGGGCACCCAGAGGCCGCCGGAGCCGCCGGAGAUGGCAGUCUACUGCGACAAUUUAAGCAUGUAUCACCACCAGCAGACCUUCCAGGGCGCACAGAGGCCGUCUGGAUACGGCUUCGGAGAUUACACAUCCUCCCCCAACCCGUACCUUUGGCUGAACAGGCCCGCUGUCAACUCCGCAUCCUUCAUGCCGCCUUCCUACGGGACACAGCGGCAGUUCCUCACCAACUCCCCCGGGUUCGGGGGUCCGGACCUGGGUUGGCUGUCCAUCGCCAGUCAGGAGGAGUUGUUAAAACUGGUCCGUCCUCCAUACUCUUACUCGGCGCUCAUCGCCAUGGCGAUCCAGAACGUGCAUGAGAAGAAGUUGACCCUGAGUCAGAUCUACCGGUACAUCGCCGAUAACUUCCCGUUCUACAAGAAGAGCAAGGUGGGGUGGCAGAACUCUAUCCGACAUAAUCUGUCACUUAACGACUGUUUUAAAAAGGUUCCCCGCGACGAAGAUGACCCAGGUAAAGGAAACUACUGGACGUUGGACCCUAACUGUGAAAAAAUGUUUGACAACGGGAACUUCAGGAGGAAGAGGAAGCGUCGCUCCGACUCCACUAAUGGCACCAAGACAGAGGACGGCCAAACCGCCCCGACCAUCAAGACCAUGGACAGCCCCCAGCUCCUCGGCCCCGCCUCCCCAGACAUGGAGGUGGUCAGUGAGGGUCAUAAGAGCUCCUCCCCCCCGGGCCUGGCAUCCGGCACUCCGUGUUUUAAUAACUUCUUCAGCAGUAUGGCUGAGCUGGGCUCCGGGCCCCUUGGUGCCUCCAUUCCUAUCUCCUCUGGUCCCUCCAGCAGUAUGGCUGGACUGGGCUAUGGGUCCUUGGGCUCCGGGCCCCUAGGUGCCUCUGGUCCCCCCAGCAGACAGACUGGCUCUCUGGGGUUGGUCAACGAGCUGACCAAUAGGAACAUUACAGCCCUCCAUAGCAGCCCAUACCACAACCACACCACCCGCACCCCGACGCAGGCCCCGGACCAGGACAGUCACUGCCAGGGGGUCUCAGAUUCAGGCCACGGGGUCCAUGGUCACCCAGCAGACAACCUGUCUCACUUCAACAGAGGAGUGUACUGCAACACCUUCAGCGGAGGGGGGCAGGAAGGACAGUUCAACAGCCACUUCUACAACAGCUUCAGCGUCAACGGUCUAAUAUACCCCAGAGAGGGCACGGACGUGUAGCGUAUAAUGUAUAACGUGUAUUUGUAUUCGUAUUUAUUACGGAUCCCCAGUAGUUCCUGCCAAGGAAGCAGCAACUCUUCCUG